AUAUCACAGAACAUUGCAGCCAGGAAUGGCGUGCGGAGCGCCAGGUUUCUGUCGCAGACAAGCGCACGAUGGGAGGACGCAAAAGAUGCAAAGCCAGACUCGCCCAAGACGGUGCCUCCGAAGCCUCGAACCGAGAACCUCCUCGAAAGCAUCUGGGGCACUUCACUGGGAUCCAGCGGCCGGUCCACGCAGCCUGAUUCCAUGGCCAGCCUCUCCCAGAGCAUGGUCUUCCAGGCCCUCAACAAGUCCAAUAUCGAUACCAGCGUCCUAUCAGGCGCGCCCUCACAGGCCACCCAGAAGAAGGAGGACGAGCUGGAGCCUUACCACUUCCACAUCUACGCACACAAGCACAACACACACAUUACCUGCACAAAGCCGAACCGGGAGCCCAUCAUCUCCAUGUCGUGCGGCAACAUUGGCUUCAGGAAAUCACGGCGGGGCACUUUCGACUCGGCCUAUUCUUUGACAAAAUACGUUUUGGAGCGAUUGAUCCACACCGGGUGGCCCAUGAAGAUUCAGCGUCUCGAGUUAGUUCUACGAGGAUUCGGUCAGGGCAGAGAAGCUGCGGUCAAGGUUUUGAUGAGCCCAGAGGGCAAGGUGCUGCGGGACAAGAUUGUGCGGGUUGCGGAUUCAACGAGAAUCAAGUUUGCAGGAACAAGGAGCGAGAAGCCCAGGCGUUUGUAGAUGCUCGGUUGCAUCAGUUAUGUGUGGAUGAUAUAUACAGCCGAAUGUACCAUAUCUUGUACUACCUAUACCAGAGAUAAGACAAACAAAAAAGAUGAAAACAAAAAAAAAAGGCCGCCAAAAUUGGGCUGCAAGGCGCAGUCCGUAAAGAUGCCAACCCGAUAAAAUGAACUCCAAGUGCCUCCAUGAGCAUGAAAAUGGUAUCGUCCGAUCUGGUUUGAACGUCACAACUCAGCCAAGAACGCCCCCUAUCCGCCCUCCCAUGAACUAAGACCAAAGAUGAAUAUGAAGCAACCUGCCACGAGAUUGGCUGUAAUCACUACGCUCGAAUAGCUCUCUCUGCAGCUGGGAGCUGUCUGCCCGAUGUAUCUCGCAGAAUCUGCUUUCCCUUGCCACUUCCACCUCUGCGCCGUUCGUCCUCGCUGCUCCAUUCGUCGCCAUGUUCUGAAAGGAGAUGCGGCCUCUGGUGUCCCAACAUGCGCGACUGCUCAUCCGCAUGCUCGUCGUCGUCAUCCAUGAGUUCUCCAUCAGCGCUGACGUAUUCGGGGGGCUCGAUCCAGUCUCUCGGCACCACACACGGCAGCGCAACUCCAAUGCUUGCCGCGC